CUGUGUGCGAAUACUGCGAGUUGCGAAUUGUUAAUAUACUGAUGAAUAUUCAAUUUUAUUAACGUCAGUGUCAGAGCGUUAAUAGUGUCCUGAGAUCAAGUAUUACAGUAAUAAUUCAUAUCAAAAUUACUUUCACUUUGGCCAAAGAUGAAUGCUGUUUGCUCUUGUAAGGUUUAAUUAAGGACACACCUGAAUCAUUUUAGUCGAACGACGUUAAAUUUGCUUUCUUGGUUCAAAAUUUGAAGAAUUGAAAGCGGAAGAAAUGACAUCAGCAACAUAUUUGAUUCUCACUUAUUUAAUCCGUAAGUCUACUUUGCUUUUCUGUUCAUGUUGUGCAACAAGGAAUUAUCAUAUUUUGUGAUUUGCCAGAAACUACACUGUGUUCCUCACGCAUUGUACUGAAUAUCUAUAUAUGAUAUGAGUUUGAAAUGAACAAACUUGAACAUUAUCGUGAUAUUUUGUUAUUAUAAGUGGUAUUAAUGUAUGUAGUCACGCGCAAAUGACUAACGAACAAAAUGAACUUUAUAAUAUGUAUAAUUAAGAAUUUUAAUAAACCAAAUGUUGCAACUUGCAACUUUGACCCAACAAAUACCUACACGCGUAAAAACGCUCAGGUUGAUGCAAUAUUGAUGAAAACAGGAUUGAACAAUGUUUUGCUGCCCACAUUGGUCAUAGCUGUCAACAAUAUUGAACAAUAUUGUUACACCCGAUUCAGGCUCAACAAUAUUUAACAAUUAUUCGCCGAAGGCGAGGUGAUUAUCGGUGAAUAAAAACCGAGACGAAGUCGAGGUUUUUAUUCACGAUAAUCACCGAGCCCGAGGUGAAUAAUUGUUUUAGUAUAAUUUCAUAGGUGAUUAUUUGGAAAAAAAUAAGAAAAUACACAUUUCUUCGUCAUUUAAUUGACAAAAAGGCUUCGGCUGCCAUUUUGAAAAUCGCUUAGGUGAUUAUCGCGUAAUAAUCACCUCAACGGCAACCAAUCAGCGUGGAGAAUUUUCAAUAAUCACCUAUGUAAUUAUACUAAUGUUCAAUAUUGUUGACAACUGCAUGUGAACAACGUGGGCAGCAAAACAUUCUUCAAUCCUGUUGAGCAGCUGGCUCGGCAUUUUUUGCUGUGUAGAUGUGAAGUCUCAAGCUUUCAGCAACUCCAGCUUUGGGAGUCAAUUUCCAGCUCUCAAGCUGAGAAUAUUGUAUUGUGUUCUGAAUAGUUUAUAUAUGCAACCAUUGUCAUAAAAUUAGUCAUUGAAACAUUAGUGAAUUCUGUCAUUAACCCUUUCAGUGGCAAUGUGCCCUAUAUUCUACCGCCACACAGUUUUACUCAUCAAAGGGGAGAGUGCUGCCACUCAAUGGGCUAAAUGACUUCGGAAUACCGGUACAGGAAAAAUUAUUUCAGAGAAUCAUGCAGAUUUAAAAACUUUUCCUUUGUAGUGUUCCCUCAGACCCUGCCACUAUCAUUGAAACUUGGCGGCUCUGCAGUAUACAGUGGCAGCUCUGGAGUGAUCUGCAUGUGUUACACGCCAUCCUCAGACACAGUCUAGGGGGUGGGGGGUUAGGAGAAUGCACCCCUCUCACCGGAAAUUUUUAAAAAUUUGUGUCUCUCAUUUGGAAUUUCCAGCGUUUUAUUCCCAAGACACAAUUUCUUCACGAUUUUCCGCAUAAUAGCCACACCUUGGAUCUGUAAUCAGAUAGCAUUUAUUUUAUGCACAGCAAAUAUUAGAGCAUCAAACAAGGUGCUGACUGAAAUUCGCACUGAUAAUAAACACCAGUGGUGUAGUGGAGGGCGGGGGGGGGGGGGCUGAGCUUCAAUAUUCCCAACAAUAUUGCAAUAUUCAGUGGAACAGCCUUGUCCCCAGGCACUUUGAUUUGCUGUGCCUUGUGUCGGAACCCGUGCAUCUGAGUUGGAGCCUGGGGACGAGACUGUCAUGGGAACAGAACAUCUGGUUUGACUGUAAUUUACUCACUAAUUUCAUAGUGUAAAAUAGAAAAACUACAUGCUAAAACAUUUCACAGGUUUCUAAAGUUUACAACGCUCUCCAGAUUUACAUUUUUAAAAAUUAAACUCUGAAGUCACAAAGCGGCCAAAUUAGUAGCUCAUGUGCGAGAUAAAUUAUACUGCACGUGUGAGCGUGAGAAAAUAUGCUGAGGCGUGUGUCACACGCAUAAUGUGUGAGACUUGGUAGGUAUGAAGAUGAUGGGGAGGCUCCAAUUUUCAUAUGUCAAACCAAAAUUAAAAAGGCUAUUGAUAAUUUAUGGCAAAAUUCCAGCAUUUGAAGUAAAGUAAUUGCAGUAUGCAUUCCAGUUAGUUAACACUUGAAGAUGCCAACCUUGCUUUUUCAGGCAGCCUACAAUUGGGAAUUGGUAAAUAUCAGGAUUUUGGAAAUAUUGAAAGGGCCGUAGGUUUGAAAUCACUGAUCACUAAAUUGUCAGAUCUCGCUUGGUGCUUAGGUUAUUCUGAUUAAAGGGAAGAAGGGUUGAUGCACUUCCCAUAGAACACCUUUACCCCCCUUUUCAUAUCCCCUCCUUUUCAUAUCCCCUCCACCCUUGUGGCACCCACUUACCUAAAUGGUACAAACGGACACCAUUUUUUUCCCUUUUAUUGCCCAUUAUUGAACAUAUAAAUAUUUACAUUAAAAAAAAUUAGAUUAAUGUUAUGGUAGGGACCUACCAGAAACCUUAACAGGCUUUUAUUUAAGACCCCUAUACGGCUAUAGUUAUAAAAUUUAGAUGCUAGUUCUAGCUACAGACUAUACAGUCAACCAAAUUUAAAAUAUAUUACAAUAAGUAUUAUAAUAAUAGUUAAAAGAAGAGAAAUUAAGAGAGAAAAUGUGAAAGCUAUUUACAGCAUAAAGUGUUGCAUUGUACAUAUAAUUUAAUUAAUUACUUGAUAUUUGAAGGAAGUGUUCUUUUAUAGUAUUUUUGAAAGUAUUACAAGAAGUGAUAUUUUUAAAAUGACAUUCAAGUCCAUUCCAAACAUCGACUCCUUUAUUUGAAAGAGUAUGUUUUACAUAGUUCGUUUUUUUGUAUGACUUGUGGAGUUGUGUUUUAUUUCUUGUAUUGUGUUGGUGGAUUUGAUCAUUUGUCACAGAGUAAUCAGUGAAUACCUCUGGUAGAUUUUUUGGUAUAGUGAUAUCGAAACAUAAAUAAAUUUAUUAAAUAAUCAUUAAUUUUAUAAAUAUCUAGAAUUUUUAAGUCUUUAAAAAUUGGUUCACUAUGUGCCAAAUAAGAAUUGAAUUGUUGAAAGUCAUAAGGCGCACAAUUUUUUUUUGAAUAUUCAUAAGUUUUUGGAUCCUUUUUUUGUAGGUAUUACCCCAGAUUAUAUUUCCAUAGAUAAGAUAUGGAUAAACUAAAGCAUAGUAAAUAAGCUUAAGAGUAUUUAAUUACUGAUUUAAUUUAAGACCAUUAAAUGCCAGAAAUAGCUAUUGGAUUUGAUAAGAAAUUAGUACCCAUGCACCCCCAGCUGUAAACUCAUUCCUGACUAUAAUAAAUAUUUUCCAUUUAGCUCUGUUGUAUGGGCAGCUAGAUGCAGCCGUACCUAGCAACUCUACCCAAUCACACCUUGCAGCUUCACCUUCUGGGAAAAUGAGCCAACCCUCAUCCAACAUACAUUUACAGCCAUCACUGAUAACUUCAGAAGUCAAGUCACCAAUUCAAUCAUUUAUUGGUCGGACAACAACAUCCCUAAAAUCAAGUCAGCCUGUUUUAAAUACAGCAGGAAAUCCAAGAAAUAAUUUUAGCAGCACUGGUACUGUACCAAUGCCAUCUCUGACUCUGAACGAAUCAGGAGUAUAUUCAUCCAGUUAUCCAAUAAUGGUGCAACCUUCUAAACAGCUUACUUCUAGUUCUGAUAUAAUAGCUGAUUCUGGCCAAUUAUCCACUUGGCCCACUACACAAGAGGUUACAAGCACAACUAUAUCACAAUCUUUGAUUGUGAUAACAUCUAGUUCUCCCAACAUAUUACUUGGAAAUGUAACGGCAUCCACAGCUUCAAAGCUGUCAGUUUCAGUACAAAAUAACAACCAUUCAAUUCACAUUUUGGUUUCACCAGCACUAGAAACCCCCAGUAAUAAUAUUUCUAGAUCAUCUUCAAUAUCUAAAGUAAAGCCAGGUCUGACUAGUUCGCCAAAUGGUCUGCCAAUUCCUUCUGUAUCUAAAGUGAAUAUGACGUCUAGUUCAUCGAAUGUGAAGCUGAGGUCAUCAAAUGUUACACCAAGUCCUACUUCAUCUAAAAUGAAACUUAAUCAAACUAGUUCAUCAACUGCUGUACCAAAUCUUUCUUCAUCCAAUGUGAAGUUGAGGUCACCAAAUGUUACACCAAGUGCUACUUCAUCUAAAAUGAAACUUAAUCAAACUAGUUCAUCAACUGUUGUACCAAAUCUCUCUUCAUCCAAUGUGAAACUGAAACCAAAUAGUUCCACCAUGGUUAUCUCACAUCCGUCUUCAGUCCAAUACAUUCCAAAUAUAUCUUCAACCCAUUCCAUCAAUGUAACCAGUUCACCCGUAAUCACAGUGAAGCCCACUUCAGCAUCUCAAGUAGUGCAGACUGCGAUUUCAGCUGCAGUUGCACUAAAUUCAUCGCAUCUUGUGAAAUCUAUGAUGUCAUCUCCUCCUUUGUCAAGUAUAACAUCGACUGUUUUCCCAACUUCUGUUCUAUCACCAUAUAAUCGUUCAUCAUUCACAGUAACAAUUGAAGCAAGUUGCAAUAAUUUACUGGCCUGCAGUAUCACGUUACAACCUUCAGCCACGAUGCAGUAUACGUCAAUGGGUAGUGGAACUGCCCUAUCAAGUAGCCUGUCUAACAUUCUAAACCGAAAUGCCUCAAGCUUUAUGUCCAGUUCUGUCAGUGGUAUGAAUACGUCAUCUGUGCUACACCGAGAGAAGACAACACAAGGUACAAACUUUGUUGUUAAUAUUGUUUUGGGUAUACUAAUAUUGGUCUGGAAAUUUGAAUUUGUUUCGAGAUUUGCUAAAUGCAUGAUUUCUAUUUGGAGCAAUAGAAAAUAUGUUUAAUGCUUUGCCAUUGAACAGGAACAUUUUUAUUUAGAAAAUUAGAACGGGUGGGGGGCUAAAACAAAUUAAGCAAUAAUGAAGUCAAAACGAUAUUUAAGGUGGCUCAAUACAGUUUAAAAACAAUGGAAAAUUCACGAUUUAGAUCCGUCGCAACAACGACGUUUCAAGAUAGCGGAAAUUUUGGCUUUUAAUUAACUAAGUAAUUUAACUCGAAAACGGCAUCAGUGACCCCCAAAUUUUAUUACAUCAAAUGAUUUCUUUUAGUAUACUCAAUUAUUUUGACAAUUUAAAAAAAGUGCUGUUGAGCCAAAAAAAUAUUACGAAUAAUCACAUUUACGUAAUCUGGAAAAUUUUGGCUCAAACAGAAUUUUUCUAAAAUUGUCAAAAUAAUUUUGUUUUUAGGCGAAUAAUUAAAUAAAAAAGUAAUAAAUUUACUUUAAUUUAGUGUCCAGUAACAUUCCUCUUACCGUUUCUAGCCCCAGGUUCUGAAGACAAAGAGAAAUCACACACGCCUUUGAUUAUUGGAUUGGCAGUUGGUCUAUCUCUUGGUAUGGUUCUGAUCAUAGUAAUCAUUGUUUACUACAGACGUAAACGUUCAUCAUAUCAGUAUAAUGUGUUUUAUGACGAGCAAAAUAUUGUCAUGCAUCCAUUUGAUUAUUCCAAGUAAACAUAUCCAUGUAUUGAGUGAAUAGAUUGGUUUAACUUUCUUGACCUGCGGAAGAUGAUGCUCAACCAACCGGGAUGAUCAUUAUUGAAAGCGAUCUAUGUUAGUCAUAUUUUGUUAGUAAUAAUUUGAAAUUUCGUCAGCAUGUUAGUUGACUAGCUAUGACGUCUUGUAUGCUUAAUUUAAUAUAAUUAGUAAUGACUGAAUUAGUGAAUAAUGAUUAAAUCAUUAUCGUUUUGUCUUGUGUUAUCACAUGUAAUAUCAUGAUCGCCUCGUUUUCUAUUGUUCUCAUAGGGAAUUUAAAUCCCGUAUUUUCCUCAUUACGCAUGCAACAGGGAAUAUUUCGCUUUGUCUACUAAAUUUCCCCGGGAAAUUUAGUAAAAAACUAAAGAUUUCUUUGUCUACUAAUCUUCCCUCAUCAAAAAUGCACGGGAUGAUUAGUAGACAAAGAAAUCCUUUGUCUUUUACUAAAUUUCCCGCUUCCAUAUUUAAUGCAAACGGAAAACCUAAACACUCAACAAUUUUAUUCAACAUAUUAAAUUUUAAAUGUACACAAGUAUGACUUUGCUAAACAAUUAAACGUCAAACUCCAACUCAAGACAAACUGUAAAAUUCAUGCUAUCAACGUCCGUUUAUAUUUAUGUUUAUAUUUACGUGACUAGCAGUGGCUCCUUGAAGCUCUUUUAGUCGCCCGUCUAACGCGUUUUGAAAUGGCUUUAAUUGUGGCGUUGUAAACAAGCUUAUUUCAGGCUUGCUUUCUUGGAUCGUACGGUUCAUACCACAAAACAAGCUAUACAGUACUUUGUGUCUGUAAUCGCUGCCAUCUUUCUUCCUCACUUCUACAGCAAAUUUGCUCAGCCAGUAAUUAAUUUCUUCCAAAUUAAUAGAGUCUAAAUUUGGAAUCCUCUGAAAUUCGUUUCUUUCUGCCUGAAAAUCUUUAAACUGCUCGUUCCUCUCUUUAACCCACGCGUUGUACACAUUUGUACUCCACGUAGUGUGCCUUAUGGUAUUCUUUGGCACUCUAUCUUUUUGAACAUUUUCAACUGUCCGGUCUGACACAAAAUAGAACCUUCCAGUUGCAGCCAUAUUCGGGAAAACUAAGUUUAAAAUCAAUGCAGUGAUUUACAUAAGUGUCACAACAACAAAGCAUGUCCCAAAGGUACACUUAUUUCAAUCAAUAGUCAAACUCAUAAACAACUUGAUUGAAAAAUACAAAAUCAAACAGCUAAACUUAUCUCUGCAGCAAACUUUUUUGAGUUUUCCUCGGCGAUCAUAAUAUUACAAACUAAUAACAUAUGACUAGUCGGGAAAUUAGCGAUUAAAUUUCCCUUCGCCUCGGGAAGAUUUUCCCUCGGCGUCGGGAAAUUUAAUCGCUAAUUUCCCUCUGGUCAUGUUAUUACUUAUAAUAAUAUAUUUAGUUGCUCUCACCAUUGGGCAACCUUUAUCAUUAAGUUUGAUGGUAGAUAGCUUUAAAAGCUUGAAUCGAGGGCUGGAUCUCUCGAGCAUUAAUUACCAACGGUGGAUAAAACAGCAAGUACGUCGCAAGAUAUAUCUACUACUGUAUGCACACGUGAUAAGCUGAGAGGCUGUUAGUUUAGUAGUGUAAUGUACAAGCAUGAAAAUGUGCUCGUGUCUGUUGUAGAAGAGCUGUGUAACAGGAUCUGCAUGUUUUAUUAGUUUUGAGUUGAAAUAUUAAAUUUCUGGGAAACUAGGAAACAUUGUUGUGAAAACAUUCUAAUAUACCCAGAGGCGGAAAUUCACUUUUACGGUCGGGGAGAGGCAAAGCUUCGUAAAGUUCCGACAAAACUUUCAAGUUUCCGACAACCCCCCCCCCCCCAUUUGCCCUCGAAAAGGCUGUUUUUAGCCCUCUUUUAGGUCAAAAUUUCCGAAAAUUCGCCAUUCUCCGCGAAGGUAGGGUCCCCCGCUCCAUCGAAAUUUCCGCCACUGAAUAUACCAUUUUUGCGAGCUUCCGUGAAGCGUGCAUUUGAAACUAUGUUUCGAAACGUUUCUCCCGCGAAUUUUGUGAAUCAAAACUUGUUUUGUUCAAACAUUUGUGGGCGUGGCAUGACAUGAAACUGUUGUGGCAAAAUGGCUCCAGUAUUACAGGUAUACAAGAAUGCAGAUAAGGGAGUAAUUACACAGCUACUUUUAAAAUGAAAGUGUACUUUCGAGGUCCAAACUAAAAGUUUUGUAUGCAAAAUAAUUCGUUUAAUUUAUACCACACCCACAAACGUUGAAUUUGUGAGCAAAACAAAAACUUUGAUUGACAAACGUCGGGGAAGAAACGAUUUGAAAUCUAGUCCCAAAUGAACGCUUUACGGCGAACUAAACGUUUCCUUGAACCCUUGUAACAUUCUAGGAAUUUAAAAUGAGCAAAUGCAGGAACAUACAGUAUUUUGUUUAGCAACGUCAUAUGUCACGUGGAGUACAAUUUUCCAAACGAUGGUACAUUGUCCAAGUGAUGAAACUGUUACAUGACCCUUUUUAAGAUGUCUUGACUGACGUAAUUUAAGUAUUUAAACUAUAGUGAUGUAAUUAAUUGAUGUAGUAUUUUUGAUGAUAAAGUAAACACCAGUUUAUAUUCGCUAAUGUUUUUUUCUUUUAUUAUUUUAUUGAACAGUUACGUAAUAUUUCAAAUCCAACUAUGAGGACUGGGCUAGAUUUCAAGUUCGCGCAAUUUGAUCAAAUCCUAGGCGAAGCCGCGACCAGUGAACUCUAAUAAGACUUAUUAGAGUUCACUGGUCGCGACUGAAUUAAAAUGCGAGGACUUGAAAUCUAGUCCAGUACGAAUUGGAGAAUUUGAAUUUUGAAAUGACAUCUCAUAAGAAUAAAUCACGGCAGGCCUUAAAAUAUCUUUUACAGGGCCGUCUGACAAAAUGUCCGAUGACUUAGAGUUAGCAAAGGGCUGCAAAGCUCCUACAGAUUGUAAUUCAAAGACUGUGUCAUGUGUCAUUUAAAUCAACCUAAACUUCUUUUAAUGACCUCAUGUAUAUAUUUAAUGUUUCAGUCAUAAUAAUACAUCUAUGACACUCAUAAUACGCUUAUAUCAUGCCACACCAGUUUACAAUUGAAUUAUAGUAAGAGACCCGAUCUUAAUGGAAUUAUAGUAUGAAACCUCGUUUUGUAUCAUUAUAUUCUCAAUACAUAGUUCUGCAAAUGGUCCGUUACAUUGUCAUUGAGUGUUGAUGAAAACAUGUGGGAAAUCUUGCAAACUAACUAGGGCUAAUGAAACACCGCGGUCAAACGUCCGCGCGGAUUUAUAUUGUUUGUAGGUAUCGGAAGACUGGAAAUAGUAUUGUUUUCACGAAGUUCUAGCAAAAACCUAGGUGAUGUCCAAGUUACGUCACCGUCGCCAUGUUGGAUGACAUUGACAAACGAUUUUGCUUUUGUGCAAUGCAAAUUUCAUCCAACAUGGCGAAAAUUUCUUUGUCCUUUGAAUCUCAUGGGAGUGGUUGCACAUUACCUAUAGCUUCAGCUGUUUCCUUAUAGUAAACGCUUUUCCUUUCCCGUAUAAACUCCUAUUAUUUUGACAGACAUUUCCCCCACAUUUCUGUGUACUCGCGCAUGUGCUUUACGUUUGACUGCGUUGUUGGGUGGGAUGAGGACAGAAUAGUAUGCAUAUAAUGGUAAUGACCAAGUCCUGAAUUGCAUAAUGUGAAUAUUUCCUCACUGGAAACUGCACGCACCCACUUUUACAAAAUGUUUAAAAUGUUUGUAUUGU